GCGCUGUCUCUUCCGCUCUCCGCUCGGGCCCGCUAGGCUGCGAGAGAGCGCGGGGCAGGCCGGGAAGGGCGCGGGGCAGGCCGGGAGUGCCCCGCCACACGGCGCAGAGGCCGCGGCACCGGCACCGGCACCGGCAGCGGCAGGAUGUGGUACGAGAUCCUGCCCGGCAUGGCCAUCAUGGGCGUCUGCCUCAGCAUCCCCGGCAUGGCCACCAUCUUCAUGCACCGCUUGUGUCACGGCGGCAAGGAGAAGAGGAUCGCCCGCUAUCCCUACGAGUGGACCCUGAUGGAAAGGGACCGGCGGCUGUCGGGAGUCAACAAGCACUAUGUGUCCAAGGGUCUGGAGAACAUAGACUAAGGUGUCAACGCUUUGAAAAAUUCUUGUAUCUAUAGAAAAUGAUUUAACUCUUAAAUAAAGCUAUACAUGUGUUCAA